GAUAUCUUUAUCAAUUUCUUAUCUUAUAGGUAACUACAAACUGAUCAUUUAAUUUGAUCAAGAGUUCUUCAGAGGAUUGAAGUUACUGGUGUGUAACUUCUCCCAACUUAUUUUUUUCCUUUUAUAAAGAGAUUGGCCAGCCCGGCUGAGACCACUUAGCAAUGACAAAACAAAAACUGCUGCUUGAUGGGACGCUCUCCUUGUUUCUGAUUGUGGCCUGUGAAGCUCAGCAGCUCCCGAGGAGUCAUGCUGCUGCUAGUUCUGGUUCUGUGUGUGACAAGGAGGCAGAGUCCUGGGGACACCUGUUCAGCAGCGAGCGGCUGGAUGCUUGGAUCUGUUCCCUCAUCGGUUCUUUCAUGGUGGGGCUGAGCGGGGUCUUCCCCUUGCUGGUGAUCCCCCUGGAGACAGGAGCUGCGCUGCGGUCGGAAGCUGGAUCACACCGUUUGAAGCAGUUGUUGAGUUUUGCAAUUGGUGGACUACUGGGAAAUGUGUUUCUCCACCUGCUUCCUGAAGCCUGGGCCUACACAUGCAGUGCAACAACAGGAGAAGGGCAGAGCUUUCAGCAGCAGAAGCUUCUGGGUCUCUGGGUGAUCAUUGGCUUUCUGACCUUCCUGGUGCUAGAGAAGAUCUUCCUAGAGAAAGAGGAGGAGUAUCCUGGUGUGGACUGUGAUUCCAAAGCACCAUCUGGAAAGAUUCCUAAUGGAAGUGGCUGCCCCCUGCCAAAGGGGUCCUCUCAGUCCCAAAGAGCACAAGCUCAGUGUAAUGGCUCCUCUCUCCAGCCUGGUCCAAAAAACAACAGAAUCAAGAUUAGUGGAUACCUCAAUCUGCUGGCCAACACCAUUGAUAACUUCACACAUGGCCUGGCAGUAGCAGCCAGCUUCCUGGUUAGCAGAAAGGUUGGGUUCCUAACCACAAUGGCCAUUCUCCUGCAUGAAAUCCCACACGAGGUUGGAGACUUUGCAAUCCUACUUCGAGCUGGCUUUGACCGCUGGAGUGCAGCCAAGAUGCAGCUUUCCACAGCUCUGGGGGGAAUUCUUGGAGCCUGCUUUGCAAUAUGUGCUCAGUCACCAAAAGGAGCAGGAGAAACAGUAGCCUGGAUCCUCCCUUUCACUUCUGGAGGAUUUCUGUACAUUGCCUUGGUAAAUGUUGUGCCUGAUCUCCUGGAGGAAAAGAAUCCUUGGAAUUCCCUGCAGCAAAUUCUGCUCCUGUGUACGGGCAUUACAGUCAUGGUGCUACUCGCGCUCACAACGGAGUGACCUCUGCGCAGAGCUCACGAUCCUCCCAGAGCCACCACAGUGACUCUGAGCUUUACAAAGCAAUAAGGAACACUAAUGUUACUUCCUACCUGUGUGUGCGCAGAUCUGGCUGCUAGUAUGAGAAGCAGGUGAGAGAGAGGUCUGGCUGUGCAAGACUUCAUUCCCUGGCUCUCCUAUCCCUGUUCUGCUAAAAUCCACACAUGAGGGCUUCUGUUCUUCUUUUUUUUUUUCUUUUUUUUUUUUUUUUUUUUUUUUUUUUUUUUUUUGGUUGGUUGUUUUCUUAUGGAGCAAAAGAUACACUGGCCAGAAACGAACUGAACAACUGCUUCAGUAUGAAAGAAUGAUGUUUUAUUCGGUUUGUUCCGAUGGAACUGCACCUCCCAAGCUCUUGCAUGAAAACAACAGAAGUGAUUCCUGUAGCUGAUGAAGAUAAAGGAUUUUUCCUACCACUUUAAGGGCUGGAGGCAGAACAGGCAUGAUAAAGCAACAAAAAACAGCUUUAGCCAGAACCCCCUACCCAUGAGAAGUUGAUGGUGCUAUGAGAUAGAGGGGAAGAGACCCUUUCCAACUAGAUAUCCAGCUGUUCAUUAACACCGCUUGUUCCUAAAGGUAGUAUUGGUCUCAGCAGUCCAGCUCUUUUGGUCUAUUUUGUUUACAGUGAAAUUGAGCCAAAAGCUUGAGGCACUUUAGGGUAGGUCACUGCAAUUAAAUGGCUCAGCUUAUAGAUUACUUGCCCAGCCCUAACCACACCAGUAGCCAGCACAGCCCAACUGUUUAUGUGAUAAAUGAUCUGUAAAUGUUUCUUCAAUUGCCAACUACCAGCUCACUCACAUCUGGAGGGAAAGCCAUGUAGCUGUUGUGACUGAGCUCCCUCUUCUCAUAACCAUUAGUUGAACACUCCUCUCAGCCUGCUGACGAGACCUGGUUCAUGCACCAUCUGCCCCACACUGUGUUUCAGAGCUUUCAUGAGGUGUAGCAUGUUAGAGCUGCCCAGCAUGCUACAGCAACCCUAGACUGUCCUGGCAGAGGUGCUUUAACACUACAGCCUGGUCAGCAACUGAUAACUCCUGGUUAGCUUUUCCUCUGUACAUUGUGGACUAUUUAAGAGCAUACUGUAGAUGGUAGCCUAUUUCUGGAGUUCUUACCUCACAGUGGAGUUCAUCUGUUGAGGAUGAAUGAAUAAGAAAUAAUACUGACAGCUUUUAGAUGGGAAGGUUGAAACUGCUGGUGAAAAUAUUUUUAAGUAAGGUGAGAAAGGGAUAUGAAAGGGUGACAGUAAGUAUGCUGUAAGAGGAGUUUUCUGUUAUGUGAUGCUUGGGAUAAAAUUUUUGGCAUUUUGAGACCAAUAAAAAUAAAUAAAAUUUCUAGUGCUUUCCUCCAUCCCAGCUCACAGGGCUGACCAGGCCAUAAUUCCACAGGGAUGUUCAAUUGCCACAGAGACAUGCUCAAUUACUAGAUCCUCCCUUCUGCAGAACUUAACUUUGCUUUGCUUAAAUUUGUUUAAAUUUGUUAAAAACAGGUCUAAUUGAACUAGCAGAGUCACUGAACACAAAACAGGUGCCACAGUGUGAUUUACACCAACUUAGCUCAGUCUUUUUACAGCUUUUGUGGAGCAGUACACUCUCCAGUCUGCCCAGGGCCUUACCAAGAGGGCUUGUACCUUGAGAGGGCGAUUUGGGUCAGAGCAGCAAGGCAGGUAGGCUGCCCACAGCAGAGGCAUUACUUCCCUAAGAGAUUCCUGAACUGUUGACACAGUUCUUUUUUAUGACAGCUCCUGUCCUACUUUUCAGUGAGUGCUGGAAAGCUCAUGCUUGCAGUUCUGUCUGCCCAGUAACUGCUGUCUGAAAUUUUUUCAGCUUUCCUUUCCCUGGACUUCAUCAGUUACUAGUUUCACUGCAACAAGGAGGGAGGCUUAGUGCAAUUGUUUAUUCCUCUUUACAAAAUUACCUUCCUGUGCCAAGUACUCUUCAUCAUUCAAUUGCCAUGAGGUCUGAGGAUAGCAUCCACUUCCUGCUUUCCUGGAAGGAUGAUUAAUCCCGUUAGCUUGCAGGGACUGGGGGAGCAUGCCAACCCUCUGGUUCUAGCUUUGGGGGUUCCUCCUGCCCAGGGACUGCAGCUAAGCAGACCAUGUAACAGGGCUCUGGAGGAAGCAGGCUUGCACAGAAAGUUGUGCCUGCUGUUUCUCAAGAUGUCUUUCCCAAAAUAAGGCUGGCAUUUAAGUUGAGGCAUUGCCAGGUGAGUGCCCAUGAGUUGGCGUUGUUGCAUCAGCACUGAGCCUUGCCAAGACUGAAAACCACAGUCAGGAUUUUAUACUCAGCGUUCAGGAAUGUGAAGUGGAUGACACUGAAGAAAGAAUUUCUGAGCUGUUUUUCUUGGCUGCUAUCACAGGCAUGGAUAGUCUGUGGUUCUUGGGAAGAUACCCUGGUAGGAGGUAGCAUGGGGCUUGUGGGAGGGAGGGGUUCGAUAGAUUUCUACUGCGUCAGCCCUGGGGCUGAGGACUGAGAGCCUUGGGAGGAAAUGGAGCAUCACUCCACCACAUUUGUCACUUUUGGAAAUGCAGAGAGAAAUUGUAUUUUCUAGCUCUAUUUUUUCAGCUGCUCUUAUGCAUUUUCCCCCUUCAUCUGUAUUGGUCUGCUCUGCAUGGAGACAAUAGAGAUGAAAUAAAUGGUUUUCCAUGACAGUUUGUGUUAUUGGGUUAUUUUGUUUGGUUGGUUUGGGCUUUAUUUGAAGUUCCUACUUUGAUUUAAAAA